AUGGACGACUCGGCGGCCGCCCUGGGAGACGAUUCAGUGAACAUCACUGGGAGUAAUCUGUCAGGAUCUAUCGUUUGGGGCCCGGAAAAUGUUCCUGCACGCGAAAGCAUCGAGUCCCUGCGUCGGCUCGUGGCUCGCGGCAUGCAGAAGCAGCCCCACCGGAUCCGACUGGUGAAGGACAGCGAAGUGCUCAAGGGCGAGUCGACCCUGGCAUCUCAGGGUCUCAAAGGUGAGGUCCAGCUGCAGGUGGUGACACAGGAUUUCACCGAGAAAAUCAAGGAGAUGCAGGCUUCCAUGGGCGUGAAAAUCAUGCCUGGCCUGUCCGAUGCAGAAAUGCGGAAAGCCGAGGUGUUUCCGUACCUCGCGCUGCUGGUCGGGCAACUGUUGAUCUUGGCUACCUACGCACAAGCGUUCUGGUAUGCUGGCUUCAUCAUGGAUGACACGGUAGGUGUUUCCAGGAAUCCAAAUGUGGUUGGGGAGACUUUCUCCUUCAACGAGCUGAUGCGAAGAGACUUCUGGGGCCUCCCGAUGCACGGGUCGGGCUGGACCAACAAGUCGUUUCGGCCUCUCACCACGCUGACAUUCCGUAAGCCGCCUCGGUUUCGGAGUUCGGGGAGCGAGUUUGGCCCGAAGAGGAUAAACACAAUCUAG